UUGGGCUAGGCUAGCUUGCAUUUGUAUCGCAACUCUUAAACAUUUUCAGAAUUCCAACGACAGAAAAUUUGUGUUUGUCGGGUUACCCGUGUUCUAGAAAGUACGAAUUUUAUUCUUUCACGUCCUUGGAUCUCGGCGUAUACAUAUCUCUGAAGAAAAGGAUUUGAUCUGUAUUUGUGAUUCAGAUGCUGACUCAAAAAUUUGUUACCAAUGGCCUUGGAAAAAUUCAGCACAUGGAUUUUUUACAUUUCAGUUCUCCUUGUUAUUGCCACUAUGUAUACAGUUGCAUUUGUAAACAGAAAAGAGUUAUCAGUACAUGAAGUGCUCACUAACUUGGCUUAUGACAAUAUCACAAAAACCAUCUUUAUUGGAGGUGAAAAUGUGCUAUUGAAAGCAUCAGAAAAUUUAGCAGAACACAAAAGGCAAGCCACUGGGCCCAACCUGGAUUAUGUAGAUUGUUAUCAUGACCUGGGUGGAACUUGUGCUGGGGAGAAUAGAAAUAAUGUGAACAAACUGCUGCUGAUAGACAGUAGUAAAAGACGUCUUAUAGUCUGUGGAAGCUUCAAUCAUGGAGUUUGUCAGAUACGAAGUUUAGACACACUAGAAGUAGAAACAAAUGGCACUGACUAUGUUGUGUCAAGUGUACCCUUACAAGCAGAAGCACUGAUAACACCAUCUGUGAAAAGUUCAGGAACACGUGCAAUUUAUGUUGCAACUUCUUGGGACAAGAAAUAUUUUAAAAAUCCUUUGAAUUUCUUAAACCCAGCUUUAUCAACUCGUGUUAUUGAUGAGUUAAUGAAUAUCUUUAAACCUGUGAAGGAUGAUAGCUCUAAAAGCUAUAUUCAGUACAAAGAAAAUGUAGUAUAUUAUGCAAAAUUUAUUUAUGCAUUUUCAGCUGGUAUUUUUAAUUACUUUGUGUCUGUGCAGCAGACCACUGAAUCUUAUAAAAAAUGUAAUGGUGCAUGUUCAGUUGAUCAAGCAAUAUUCAAGACAUUUAUAGUUCGUGUCUGUCAAGAAGAUGAAGUCUAUGCAUCUUACAUGGAACUGCCACUUGACUGCAAAGGGUCAAAUGGAACAUCUUUCAACAUAGCACAGUCCGCUUAUCUCACAAAAGCUGGAGAUGGCCUAGCAGUUGAUGGAUCUGAAGAUGUGCUGGUUGUUACAUUUUUCAAGGCUGACCAAGGUUGGAGUGGACCUUCGCAAAGCUCUGCUGUGUGUAUAUUUUCAGUAAAAGAAAUCAAGACAGCUCUGGUGUCCAACCUAAAGAACUGUGUGAAUAACGCUCCUGACGAAGAGAUUAGCCUUCCAUGGUUUCCAACACAUGUUUUGGCAUGUGAAAAGGAGCAAUCUACUCCAACAAUAACAGAGAAUUUCUGUCCAACUAGCACGUUUUAUGCCUAUCAUCCAUUUCGUGGAAAAACGCCUUUGACUAAAAGAUCUGUGAUGCAAUAUGAGAAAGGAAUGUUAACUGCUGUUGCUGCAAUGCCAUAUUACAAUCAUACAGUUAUUUUUGCAGGUACUGACAGUGGUCAGCUUCUCAAGUUUUCUGUGGAAGAUGAACAACAGCAAGUGGACCCUUACAGUGAGUUGAAAAUCAGCUCUGAUGAAGUGCGUCGGAUUAUAGUAACCAGUAACCAACAACAUUUGUACAUCCUCAGUAAACACAAGGUGACGAAAUUACCUGUUGAAGACUGCAGUACUUCUGAAUCUUGUGAUAGAUGCACAAAACCUAAUGACCCAUUCUGUGGCUGGUGUACAUUGUACAAGAGAUGUUCUCAGAAGACUAGCUGCCCUAGUGCUGAUGCACAUCCACUGCGAUAUGUGACAGAGCCAUCCAACUGUCCACUAUUUGCCUCUAUCAGUCCUGAAAAAGUUCCCCAUGGUCCAAGUAUUGAACUGACCGUAAAGGUAUCCAAUGUGCCACCAUUAGCAGGAUUGAAGUGCUUUGUAAAUGGGAAAGAACAGAAACCAACAACUGUGGGCCCAGGAAAUGAACUAAAGUGUCAAACACCACCGGAGAAAGAUUUGCCAAGUAUUACAAGUGAUACAGGUGACGUAUGGGUGGAUCUUGCCCUCUACUCUACUGAGUCGCAGCUGUUAUUCCUUGUUAAAAAGCUAGCAUUUUAUAGCUGUCCUGCAAUUAAGGGAUGCAUAAAUUGUGCAGAAGGAAACUACUCUUGCAACUGGUGCACAUAUCUUGGGAGAUGCACCAGUAACAGCAGUGUGGACUGUCAAGGGGAAUUUAUAAUGCCUCCACAGGAACGAGCUGCUGAUUCCAAGGGUUGCCCCCAAAUAAUAGCUGACAAGUCACUUUUUGUUCCUGCACAAGUUAACACCAGCAUUAGUGUGCCUGCUAAAAAUCUUCCUCCAGAAAAGGGUGUUGCCUCUUACAAAUGUGUUGUAACAGUUGAUGGAUCAAGGAAGACAUCAGUGGCCUAUCGAAUUAGUGAUACAGAGUUAAAGUGCUCUCCUUUGGAAUAUUUCUACAAAGCAUCCAUCAAGAAACAGGAGGUGAAAUUAGAAGUGAUCUUUAGGAAUUCAGAUGUCCUGUACACGCCAAAUACUUUCAAAGUGUAUCUCUACAAGUGUUGGGUAUCCAUAACAGACUGUAGCAGCUGUCACGUGGAAGCUGAUGCAGAUUAUCAAUGUGGGUGGUGCAAAUCUGUUUCAAAAUGUGUUGUACAAAAAGCUUGUGGAGAAGGUGGAGCGUGGAUUCCACCUACAUCACGGUGCCUUACAAAACCCAACAUUUCUAAGGUAUGGCCAUUAACUGGUCCAGUGACUGGAGGAACAGAGAUAGAAAUCCAUGGAUCUGACCUUGGAAAAAACUUUGAUAACAUAAAGGAUUCUGUCAUGGUGGCAGGCAUGAAAUGUUAUCCUGACCAAACCAAAUAUCAACCCUCAAAAAGGAUUUUUUGUAACACAUCAAAUAGUACUGGACCUUUGAGUGGUCCAGUUUCUGUGAAGGUCAAUAAAAUCGAAGGAAAGUCAAAGCAGCUUUUUUCCUAUCAGAUCCCAGAGCCAAUAGAUUUUAAUCCCAAGAAGGGUCCUAGAUCUGGAGGCACAACUGUAAAAAUAGCUGGUCUGAAAAUGAAUACAGGGAGACACAUUACAGCUAUGGUUGCUGGCCGAAAGUGUGUUGUUGACAGAGCUAAGGUGACAAAUAACAGCAUAUCGUGUACAAUUAGCAGAGCAUUUAGUAGAAGGAAAAGAAAUGCAGUAAAUGCCAGUACAGGUGUCACAGUAUCAUUUGACGGUUUUACUCCAACUGGUCCAAGGGGAAUAUUUGUAUUUACUCCUGAUCCUACAGUUACAUCUAUUGAGCCAGAUGAAGUUUUUUUUGGUGGAGGCCUGAUGUUGCGCAUCAGUGGCACCAAUUUGGACACCAUUCAGAAACCAAGAAUGUAUCUCGCAUAUUUUUCACCCAAUGGAACUACUAAAUUGAAUAUCACUGUUCAGGAAUGUGAAUCAAAAAGCAGCACAUUGAUGGAAUGUCUAAGUCCAAAAGUACCAGAUUUUGUGGGAAAUGUGUCAAAAGUGCAGGUUCAGUUUUUAAUGGAUGCUGAUAUACCAUUGCGUUCAAACUACACAAGUUUAACAAUGAUUCCAAAUCCAUUCUUUGAGCAUUUUGAAGAUAAUCUCUUUGUGCUGAAGACAGAAAACCUUAUCCUUGAGGGUGGAAACUUACAAGACGAACUAAGAGAACAAAUCUUUGUGACUGUUGGAAGGUUAGCUUGCAAGAUAACAAGUGUUGACAAGACCCAGCUAGUUUGUCAUGUGCCUUCUGAAGAUAGCCAUUCCCCACAAGCAACUGAUGGACUGUAUCCUGUUAAGGUUGUUGUUGGCUAUCUAGAUUUUCCUUUGGGUAAUCUUGAGUACUUUAAAGAGGAGGAGAGCAAGGUUAUUCCAAUUGAAGUUUGGAUUGGAGUGGGUGGUGGAGUUCUUCUUAUUUUCAUCAUUGUUGUCAUUAUUGUUUGCUGCAAUCGCCGUUCUCGUCGUAAAAAGACAAAAACUAUUAAAAACCUCGAGGUGCAGAUGAAUAAUUUAGAGUCCAAAGUUGCUAGAGAGUGCAGGGAAGCUUUUGCUGAACUUCAGACAGAUGUGACAGAUUUGACAAGUGACCUGUCUAGUUCAGGAAUGCCAUUUUUAGAUUUCCGCAUGUAUGCAUUGCAUGUGUUGUUCCCUGGUUUAGGUGAUCACCCUGUGCUUCACAAGAACAAGGGCAUUCUCACAGAAAACUGGGAGAAAGGACUUCGACAAUUCUCCCAACUAAUCUUCAAUAAAAAAUUUCUUUUGGUAUUCAUACGGACCUUGGAGUCACAAAAUACCUUUCAGAUGAAAGACAGGUGCAAUGUUGCAUCUUUGUUGAUGGUGGCUCUGCAAGCUAAGAUGGAAUAUGCUACUGACAUACUAAAGGAGUUACUCUGCGAGUUGAUACGCAAGUCAGUUGCAAAGAGUCAUCCAAAGCUGCUACUAAGGAGAACUGAGUCUGUUGCAGAAAAGAUGCUAACCAACUGGCUGGCCUUCUGUAUGUAUGAUUUCCUCAAGAAUGAUGCCGGAGAGCCAUUGUUCAUGUUGUUUAAAGCACUGAAACAACAAACCGAGAAAGGACCAGUAGAUGCAGUCACUGGUGAGGCAAGAUAUUCACUUAGUGAAGACAAACUUCUCAGACAAGCUCUGGAGUUUAAGCCUCUAAAUGUUACAGUUACUUACGAAAGCAAUCAGCCCAUGACAGUUUCAUUGCUGGAUUGUGACACCAUCACUCAGGCAAAAGAGAAGAUUUUGGAUGUUGUGUUCAAGAAUUCCCCAUAUUCAAGUCGUUCAGAUAAAGAUGAUCAUCAGCUCGAAUGGGAGCAGAGUUCUGGAAGGGUUAUCUCUCUGCGGGAUGAUGAUUCUAAGUCAUUAAUUGAAGGAGAAUGGAGGAAGAUUAAUACACUGAAAGAUUAUGAGGUGACCGAUGGUGCUACACUGAAACUUGUUACUGGACAAAGAUUCUUUUGCAGCUCAACGGACUCUGAGUUAAACAAAAAGAAUGUACUGCGAGUUGGCUUCAGUCCUGCCGGAAGUUACAGCCCUUUGGCAGCUAUGAAUACGGAUGGACCAGAUGAGGGUGGCAAGCUGUGGCAUUUGGUUAAACAAAUGGAUUACCCAGCUGAUAGAGCAGAAGAUGAUCAUAACAGCAAGUUCUUGUCAGAGAUUUAUCUAACUAGACUGUUGAUGACAAAGGGUACACUUCAGCAGUUUGUAGAUAGGCUUUUUCACACUGUAUUCAUGAGGUAUCGCCGUGGCUGCAGCUUACCUCCAGCUGUCAAGUUCCUGUUUGAUCUGCUUGAUACACAAGCAAGAGAACUCAACCUAUCAGAUCCUGAAGUCUUGCAUACAUGGAAAAACAACAGUCUGCCAUUGAGGUUCUGGAUAAAUAUAGUUAAGAAUCCUAACUUCAUAUUUGAUGUUUGCAAGUCUGCUAUUGUUGACUCAUGUUUGUCUGUUGUUGCACAGUUGUUUAUGGAUUCCUGUUCUGUGUCCGAGCAUGUCCUUGGAAAGGAUUCACCAUCAAAUAAACUGCUUUAUGCAAGAGAAAUUCCAGGAUAUCGCCAAGAUGUUGAAAGGUUUUAUUCUGAUAUACAAGCAUCACCUUCCCCAACACCUCAAGAGUUGUCAAAGUUCUUUAGUGAUUUCUCUAUGGAGCAUGGUCAAGAGUUUAAUGGUGACAGUGCCCUCCAGGAAUUGUAUGAUUAUGUCAGAAAGUAUCAAGAUCAGCUGCAAGAUGCUUUGGAAGAGUCUGAAUUAUCACCCCUGGCUUCUAAGCUUGAGCAUGUCAUUGCUACAAUCUCAGAUGACUAACAGUAUGAUUUGAGCUCUUACCUCUGGUCACAUAUAACAUAAUUCAUUUCAUUAUUGGUUUAGCCAGUGUGGUAUGGCAUUCCACUGUGUGAUUGGCACAUUUCAGAUCUAAGUAAUGUAACCUUUAAGAAAAAAUCAUGGAAUAAAAAGGUAUAACAUCAUAAGUCAAAGAUUAAUUGGUUACCAACACUAAAUCAGUUAAAAAGUCCAAUGGACAGGAUAAAAACGGAAGGGGAAAAGUAAUAAUAUACAGUGCUAUGUAAGUGCAUUUGCCAACUUGAAGUAACUUAAGUAAUGAGAAGCAAGGGGACUGAAGGUCAGAAGUCCUUUUUUCUGCUAAAAUGAUUGUUCUUUCAAUGUUAAUGUGAUUGCAUUUGAAAGCCUUGAGAGGAACAUAUUUCAGGCCACACCUGGCAAAUAGAUGAAAACAGUUAGAGAAAUAAGAAAUAACUGGAUGUUUGAGUAUUUCAUCUGUCAAAACCAAGGUGCCCUGAAAAACAUACAUAUAAGCAUUUUACAUAGAAUAUCAGCUUAACUGAUGAAACCAAAGUACAUUUAAUUUAAUAUUUUAAUUAAUACCGAUGGAGAUUUUUUUUAUACCCUUUGAGGGGAAGUAUGCUCAGAGACCAAGCAUCUUUGUAUCUCCACAGUUAAAAAAAGUAAUGAAAAUCUACUCUCCAGCUUGGUUUGAUCCAGAAAUUCAGAUAAGUAUUCAAAUGGACUAAAACUUAGCCUAAGGACACCACCAGUUUGAAAAGAAGUCAACUACUUGUUUGUACAUGCAAAUUAAAGGCACUUUUCACAAACAGUUACAGUUCUGGCAUGGUUAUUAGUUACUCUUUAGAAUCUCAAAUGAAAGUCAAUUUCAGACUUUCUUAAAUACUUUUUAAUGGUGGAGAUGAAAAUUAAAUGGUUCCCAGAGUAUACUUUUCUUUAAAUUUAGAGCAAUUUCUGUGUCAAGGAGAUCCUAUUCUAGAACAAGUUCUCAGGUAAAUACUAACUGGAUGAAAUACUUUCAUUACUUAAUAGAAAUUUAUAUCCAUGGCUGGGAAAUGUUUAUUAAGUUUACCCUUCUCCUAUUUAUAUAUAAUUUAUGUUACACAAUUUAUUAUCCAACUGCAUUAUGUACAAAUAACACACAAAUGGAGUACUAAUAUCCUGCAAUAUUUUAAGGCUAUCUAGACAGUUGGUUGUUUAGCACUGUAAAAUAAUCAGUUCAACAGGUUAGGUGCACUUUGUGAGUUGUUUUAAAAGGAAAAAUAUUUGCAACUUAAACAAAAGAAGUAAGUACGAGGUGAAGCAGUUGGAUAAUAAAUAACUUAUUACAUGUUUUAGUGUGUAAUAUUUAUUUCCUGGAUAAUUAUUUACUAGUAAACUAUUGAUGGUGUUUCAGCUCUAUUGGGUCAUAUAGUAUUGUAGUUACCAUAUAUUUCAAGCCCAAGCUACAUGUAUAUUGUUUGCAAUUUGGUGAAGUUUUAUUGCUGAGCAAGGAACCUGUUAAAAGGACCUUAGAUUUUAAGUGAGCUACCAAAAACAACCAAACAAGUAUUUAGGGGCAGUGGUACAAUGGGUAAUCUCCUCUUCAACUAUGGUUCCUCUUCUAAUGCAACACCUAGAAGUCAACAUGUCUGUUAAUGAUUUUGUUGUAGCAAGCAUAGGAUCUCUCUCAGCAACUGACAGAAUGCAGCAGCAAUUUCUAUAAACUUGGAGGUAAAAUAAUUCAGUAGGUGCGAUACUGAAAUUAAUUUUGUGACUUGUAUCACCAAUGGUGCAAGAAAAUUGACUCAGGUUGUGAGAGGACUUGUCAUGUUACUAUUCCGGUAGUGGGAUUACAGUAUAAGGGGAAAUACUGUGUUAGUAUUUUUCAUCAGAUAAUGCCAGUUUGUGUAGCACUUGAACUUCCUUGCUGUAUACAAAUUCUCAUUUCCUUAAGGGUCCAUGAUGAGUUGUUAGUGGUAGCCUGUAGAGAUUGAAGAGAUGUCUGCUUGUAGAUUUAAUUGACAAACAUGGUUGUGUUGAAUUUCCUCCUUUCUCCAAGACAGUGCCACAGACAUUUAGGGAGAAAUUAACAUUGAUCUUCUUAUUAAUAUCAAUGUCAAUAGCUUUAAGUGAGAACUGUUAAAAUAGAAAUACCGGUAGUUUCAAGGAAAAAAGUUUGUUUGGUAUAUUCUUGUUAAGGUUUGCUUAAAUACAGCCACUGGUGGGACUAAAGCAUUGUCAGGCAUAUAAACUUUGUGUUUCGGGUUGGAGUGGCUUUAUUUUCAUCUAAGUAUUACUUGAAUUGUACAAACAGUUGGUAAUGCUAUUGUAAAUAAAGUACCUGUUUUUUUUUUUA